AUCAAAGUCCAACAUCGUUCAACUCGUCUCUGCUCAUUCAGACUGACGAACAACCACAAACAUGAAGGUUUGCCUGCUGCUGCUGCUGCUCCUGCUGCCGAUCUGCUCAGCUCAACAGUUUAACAUUGAGUGUUAUGGUGAAGACUUUUACAUGGUGAACAACCAGCUGCUGACCUGCAGCGGCGGAGAGCAACAGGCCUGUUACACCAGAGAUAAUGGAGAAAAAGGCUGCACUCGUGUGAAGAACUGCUCUAAAGAUGGCUGGAACUGUUGCCACAGCAACCGCUGCAAUGCCUGACCCCUAACCCAUUUACAUCAUCAAACCACAUGAUGUGAAAUAAAGCGUUGACUAAGAUUUCCCUAAA